AUUUUCAUGUCUGCAAUGGAAUUACUUUGCUGGGGUUUCAAAUUUACACACCACUGUGUGUAUGAGGUGUGAUUUUGAGGUUGCCCAGAUGAAGUAUUUGUAAUAAAGAUUCCACCUUUAUACCUUCUCCCAACAAUCAUGAACUGAAAAAGGUACUGUUUGGGGAAGAUCUGAAGUAGGUGUAAUAAAAAGUUUCAAUCUUUACAAACAAUGGCUAUGGCCCCUACUGUAAAAGUAAUUCUUGGCUCAAUUGCCUUUGCUAUAUUCUGGGUAUUAGCAGUUUUCCCUUCCGUCCCGUUUCUUCCGAUUGGUCGAACCGCGGGCUCUCUUCUCGGGGCAAUGCUAAUGGUUCUUUUCCAAGUCGUAAAUCCCGACGAAGCAUAUGCCGCCAUCGAUCUCCCCAUUCUUGGCCUACUCUUCGGCACAAUGGUGGUUAGUGUCUAUCUCGAAAGAGCUGAUAUGUUCAAGUACUUAGGCAAACUCCUCUCAUACAAAAGCCAAGGCCCCAAAGACUUACUCUGUCGAAUCUGCCUGAUUUCGGCUAUUUCCAGCGCACUUUUCACUAACGACACUUCUUGCGUUGUCCUAACCGAAUUUGUCCUGAAAAUCGCCCGCCAGCACAAUCUGCCACCUCACCCUUUUCUAUUGGCGCUCGCCUCGAGCGCCAAUAUAGGCUCAUCGGCUACUCCGAUAGGGAACCCUCAGAACUUGGUUAUUGCGGUUCUGAGUAAGAUCACUUUUGGGGAAUUUUUGUUUGGAAUAUUCCCUGCGAUGCUCGUGGGUGUUUUUGUCAACGCUUUGAUUCUACUAUGUAUGUAUUGGAAGCUGUUGUCUGUUCAAAAAGAUGAAGAGGACCCUGCUCCGGAAGUUGUUGCAGAAAACGAUGUUGACUCUCAUCGGUUUUCUCCAGCAACUAUGUCGCACCCCACAUCGUUGAAUUCUCAAGAAUUUGAGUCUGCCUUGGAAUCGAUGAAGUCUACUAACGUAGAGUCGACUCUGAGGAAUCGGAGUUAUUUGACCGAGAGCAAUAGUAUUCAAACCUCUCCUAGUGUUAAAAUCGAGAGGCUAAGUCAUGGGUUGGGAAAUUCUAGUGGAAGCGAAAUUCAAAAGGAAGUCGGGAAUCCCGGGAUUUUUAUUCCUCCGAAAAUUAACUCAUCUCCAAACGGGGUUGUUGAGUACGAUAAUUUUAUAGGAUUUGCCGAAGAAAGAUUGGGAUUUUCCAAGAAAUGGAAGAGGGUUUUAUGGAAGGCGUGUGUUUAUCUUGUUACUUUAGGGAUGCUGAUAUCAUUAUUGCUCGGUCUGAAUAUGUCGUGGACUGCAAUUACAGCUGCACUCGCUCUCAUAGUACUCGAUUUUAAGGAUGCUAGGCCUUGUCUAGAAAAGGUAUCGUAUUCGCUCUUGAUAUUCUUUUGUGGAAUGUUUAUUACGGUCGAAGGGUUCAAUAAAACGGGAAUUCCGAGCUCGUUGUGGGAUUUCAUGGAGCCUUAUGCAAAACUUGAUCAUAUAAGUGGAGUAGCUGUUUUAGCAGCCGUUAUAGUCGUUCUCUCGAAUUUGGCUUCUAAUGUACCGACAGUGCUGCUUUUAGGAGCCAGAGUGGCGGCAUCGGCAGCGGCAAUAUCUCCGGCGAGUGAGAAGAAGGCGUGGCUCAUAUUAGCAUGGGUGAGCACUGUAGCGGGGAAUCUUUCCCUAUUGGGAUCGGCGGCGAAUUUGAUCGUCUGCGAGCAGGCCCGGCGGGCCCCACUCUUGGGAUACAAUUUAUCGUUUUGGAGUCAUCUCAAAUUCGGAGCUCCUUCGACACUUAUUAUUACAGCUAUUGGAUUGACACUCAUUAGAGGAUGAUUAUGAUGAUGAUGAUUGAUGAUGCCCCUAUAUAUACAUACAUACAUACAUAUAUAUAUAUUUUUAUAUAUAUAUACUGUCUGAAUUUGAGGUUCUUUUGCUGUAAUUUUGAGAACUCAAAUGGAAAGUGAAUACAUUAUGCAUUUAAAUUGAGAACUCACCAUGCAGGCAUUUUAAUAAACCUGGAUAACAAUAUUGGAAAA